GGGAACACGACAAUCCAUGAGCGAAUAUUAAAUGAGUGGCCGGAUUUCCGUCAACAGCACCGUGCCCCAAAAAUCUUUCACUCCAUCUCCGCUGGUACUAUUGGCUAUCCUCGAUUUGAUCGUUUCUUUCUACAUGUCUCUCUCUUUCCAUCUCUUGUCUCUAGUUUCGCUUUAGGUCUAGCCUGUAAAUUUGCAGUUGGAUCAGUGGCAGUGCAAGAAACGAGGGGGGGAGGGUUUUCAUCUCGGGAAGGAAAAGCUUUCCUGCAGAGAGGCCCAAGGAUAACAUCGGGCGCCCGUUCUUAUUUCUUGCACCAUAUGUAAAACCUCGCGUGCUCUCUGUGUUGUUACUACUUGCUACUAGUCUCUCUCUCUCUUCUCUUCUCACAGUUCUCGCUCACUAUUUUCUCUCUCUUCAGCCUUCUCUCACUGUUCUCGUCCCAGAGAGAGAAAGAGAAAUAAAGGAGGGACUGAACUAAUGCUGUUAAUGUACAGGAAACAAAAAACAUCCAUUUUCUAAAGGAAGUCUGAAAACUGAAUCUGCUUUACAGACCAGCAAAGAAGAAAAUCCCCCCAAACUGACUACUACUACAUAGGAUUUUCUGUAAAAAGGCUGAAAGCGGUAGCAUGAAAACCGGGAGAGUUCUGGAGAGAUAACAACCAAAAGAGAAAGGAAGCAAAUAUGAGUGGGAGUCAGAUAGAGAUGUUGUAGUUAUGGUUAUUUAACAAGGCAAAGCAAUCAAUAUAUAUCUAGUACAAGGCACUGAGAGAGAGAAAGAAUGGAGGGUAGUCCUGCUAGAAAUUCUUGUUUGAUGGGUUUUGGAGAUAACAGUAAUGGACUUUCUUCCUUGAUGAUGAUGCCUCUCAUGACUUCUCCUCCUAAUGCAGAAACGAAUAGUCUUUUUCUUCCUCUACCUUCCAGCAACAAUCAUAACAGCAGCAGUGGCUCCUCUCUGAUUCUCGACGACGGCAGCAACAAUAAUAACAACAACAACAACAGCAAUCCUGGGUGUUAUUUCAUGGAGAACAACAGCAGCAGCAGCAGAAACAGCAACAAUGACAACAGUAGUAGUAGCUCUAUCAGGGCUAGGAUCCUGGCGCAUCCUCAAUAUCCUCGUCUCCUUUCGGCCUACGUCAAUUGUCAAAAGAUAAAACAAACCGAACAGGUCGGAGCACCUCCUGAAGUGGUGGCGAAGUUGGAGGAAGCAUGCGCGUCCGAGGAGGCCAUGGGCCGCACCGGAAGGGGUUGCAUCGGCGAGGACCCAGCGCUGGAUCAGUUCAUGGAGGCCUACUGCGAGAUGCUCACCAAGUACGAGCAAGAGCUCACGAAACCCUUUAAAGAAGCUAUGAUGUUCCUCUCGAGGAUCGAGUGCCAGUUCAAAGCCCUCACUGUUUCUUCUGUAGAUUCUGGUUGUGGUGAGGUUGAUCGCAAUGGAUCAUCUGAGGAAGACGUUGACGCAAGAAACAACUACAUAGAUCCUCAAGCAGAAGACAAGGAGCUAAAAGGGCAACUUUUGCGGAAGUACAGUGGAUACCUUGGCAGUCUCAAGCAGGAAUUUUUGAAGAAGAAGAAGAAGGGGAAGUUGCCAAAGGAAGCCAGGCAACAAUUGCUGGAUUGGUGGAACAGACACUACAAAUGGCCUUACCCUUCGGAGUCCCAGAAGCUGGCGCUUGCAGAGUCUACCGGUCUGGAUCAGAAGCAGAUAAACAACUGGUUCAUCAAUCAGAGGAAGCGCCACUGGAAACCUUCAGAAGAGAUGCAGUUUGUGGUGAUGGAUGCAGCUCAUCCGCAUUACUACAUGGACAGCGUCCUCAGCAAUCCCUUUCCUAUGGACUUCACACCUACACUCCUUUAACGGUGAAGACAGCAAUCCGACAUUACUAGUUUUGGCGUGCAUCUUUUCUCGACCAUCUGUAAGGUACUAAAUGUUGUGUAGUUGCGGUAUAACCCUGAGCCGCUAACGUGGGAACAUCUAUAUCUCAUCCUUGUAUUGGAUUUCCUCUUCUCGGUUUCUCGACCCUUGUAUGGACCCUAAACUGAUGGAUCUAAUGGUUGUUUGUCAAUGUAAUAUUGUUUUAUUUUGUUA